AGUUGGGCAGAGAGAAAGGAGGGCGCUGCGGUUCUUGGUGCUUGGCUAUGGCGUCCACCUCUUCCUCCUCCUCCUCCCCCGCAUUCCCGGAGAGAAAGGGCUUCAAAGCCGACGCCGAUGGGCAGCUCUACUACAGCCCCUACAGCGAGCUCUUUGGCACCAUGGAUCAACACAUGUACAAGCUCCCCACCACCCCGGAGUUCCUCUUCUCGGAGGAGGCGACGUUCCAGCGGCGAUCCCUGGGCGAGAACAUCCAGUAUUACACGGGCUGUGGUUAUCUGGGCGGCGCGGUGGCGGGCGGCGCCAAGGGCCUGGUGGACGGCGUCCGGCAGAUCGAGAGCGGUGACACCGCCAAGCUGCGCGUCAAUCGGCUGCUCAACUCGUCGGGCCACACGGGGAGGAUGCUGGGCAACAAGAUUGGGAUCGUGGGACUAAUGUACGCGGGAAUGGAGAGCGGCGCCUGGUACCUCCGCAAGAGCGAUGAUCUCCUCAAUUCCGUGGCGGCGGGGCUCGCCACUGGCGCCUUCUACAAGGCCGCCGCCGGGCCUAGGACCGCCGCCAUCGCUGGCGCUCUGGGAGCCAUGGCGGCGGGGGGGAUGGUCGUGGGAAAGCAAGCGGCAAAGAGAUAUCUUCCACUCUAGAGCAGCACUGGAAGAACAAGACUAUCUAUCACUCGUUCUUGCGAUCAUUAUAUGGGCGGGGCGGGAUCAGUCGAUCGAUCGAUCAAAAGUUACUACAGCUAGAAGAGGGAUUGAGAGGGCUUUUUUGUCAGGAAUUUGUCGAAAUUUAGUAGAAUGCUUGAGAAUCUCGAGUC